CUGUUAGGUUGGUUACACGGCUUUACCGGAACAGAACCGGAUGUACAUGACUUACGUCUGUCGUUCAUAUAGAAGUUAUAGAAACCGCAACCGAAUGAUCCGACCUGGCCUUGGUCAACGCCAGUUCACUCCGCUCACUCCCUUCUGAGUCCUCUUCCGCAAAUCCAACGUCACAAUCAUUGAUCCCCAUCAAACGUUAAGACGGCGACAGCAUCACCAACAUGACCAGCAUCGCCAACCGCAAAAAGGUCUCGGUCAUUGCACAGGAGGCCAACGCCCAAUCGGCCCGGCAGGACGAGGACGGUAACACGCUGUGGCAGUCAGCAGUCAGCAUGGAGCAUGCUGGUCUCGAUCAGCUCGUGCCUUGCAUCCGCCCCGUUGCCCGGCCCGGAUGCUGCGCUGCUCGACAUUGACAUGCACGGCCUGUGGCACACAUUCUGGCACGGCGCCAUCAACACGGCCCCUGACAGCCCCAAGCUGGAUUGGCUCGCGCUGCACAUCAUUCAGGCGCGGGAGCAGGGUGUCGUGCUGAUCCAAGGAUUCAAGCCUGAUGAUGCCUCGGGCGAGAGAGACCGUGACAGAAACAAUGAACCCCAGGCGGCCGUUACGUUUGACGGCUCCCUCAUCUGGACGGACCUGCCCUUCCUGGUGCCAGACAUGACAGCCCACUGGAUCAACGAAAGCGCAGCCAUGAGUUCCGCCCAGCGUCUCAGCGGCGCCCAGUUUCUGGCCCAGCUCGCGGCCGCUGGUGCAGCAGCCGACGAUGCCCUCUGCGGCAUCGCGCUCGAGGUCCUCCGUGAAGCGCUGGAAACACGUCGAUCGCUCGGUCCCCUGAUUGCCACAGACCAGGACUCUGCGCGGCAACUUCGACGGCUCAGUGUGGCAGACCUCCUGCCUGCUGCCAACGCCUGGUUGUUUACGGCAGGGAGGAAGCUCGUGCAGCUUUCGGAUGCCGAGCGGGAAGACCGGUUUCCAGUUGAGGUUGGUCGGUUGGGUGAGCUGAUUGUGUCCUCUGACGCCGCUCCUUCCGGUCGAAUAACGGGAGAAGCACCCCGGCAUGGAGGAUUCAGCCCCCAACGAUGGACAUGGUGGCUGCAUCGUCUGGACGAGAUAAAUUCGUUGGCAGCAGGGGAUGUCCGUAAAGACGAAAUGGGUCACGGCUCGGAGGGUCUCGGGUCGUUGGUCAGGGGCAUGAUGAACAACAUGUUGCUCGUUGCCGAACAGACGAACGGCCCGGUUAGGGAGGCAGUGCAACGAUCGAACAGACUGGUCAGCCACCGGUCUCCCAUGCAGCUUCUCGGGCCUGAUCGACCUGCAGUUUCCGGAACCGGUAGUGACGGUAGUUCGUAGACUGAGAGGCGAACCGACACAUCGCAGCCCAUCCUCUGAUCAUGUCGAGUACCAUAUCUUUGUUGGCAAUGAUAGGAGUCAACCAACGUAACAUUCCUAAUACUACCUUACAAUCCAUACUACCUUCUUUGUCAUUUCCAAAAAACUUGGUCACGCCUGGUAGCGUCAUCAGCACUUGCGGCCUUCCUGUCCUUCUGACUUGACAUCAACACACAAGACUACACAGUAAGGGGAGUUUGGGG